UUCAACAAACUGAAGAUUUUGAAAUACCCGACAUAGUUAUGUAUAUAUAAGGACGCACUCGGUGCAUUUCUUAAUUAAACUUAGUAUUAAAUAGCUGUUAACGGAGUUUAGUUCCUGCAGUAUAACCUGUUGUUGAUUGUGAAAUCGACUGAAUUUAUAGAAAAUGGAAAAACUACCAGAAAAAGUAGAUCCACAAGAGAGAGAACGUGCCAUGUCUUACGUCAAAAUCCUCUCCAUGAUAGGCCUUUCUCUUGGAACCUGUAGCUUAGGAAUUGGUAUUGCUGUGCUGGCAUUACUGGACGGCGCUACUUACCCUGUUGCAUCAGGAACCGGUGUUUGGUUUGCAGCCAAUCCCAUAGCGUUUGGAAUACUAGGAAUUGCUGCUGCUUUGUCAACAAAUGAAAACACACAAAAUAAACUGUUGACCGGACAUUACGUCACGAGUAUUAUCCUGAUGACGCAAGGUUACGCCUUCGCUAGUGCUAUACAGGGUUUGGUUGAAUGCAGCACAGGCAGUGAAAAAUGUGGAUCAAACGCUGAUGCUAAGGCUGCCCUCAAGGGGGUUUUGGUCGGAGUUAUCUUUUUCAUUUACAUAAUAGGCAUCAUUUCUUUGGGUAUCCAUUCUAAAAAGAAACAUGUUCUGCACCCCGAUUGGAAGAAAGGGGGAGGAUGCUGUGGCAGCUCAUGUGAUUAAAUACCCAGAAAGUUUUUCAGCACUUAAUAUCGAUGAAUUAUGUUUGCUAUAGUUACCCAUCACCAUGGCACCAAGGCAGAUAGAUAUUCCAGAAUUAAGUAUUCAGUGGCAUGGAUUUCGUAGAGAAACGAGAAAAACCUUAAAUUAAUACACUCUUAUAUGAUAUGGGCAUUUAUGCUUACAUGAAAAAGUACAGUAUCUAUACAUAGUUACCAUUGUUUUUCCACAUUUACAAGAGAGAAGACGGAUGAAGGUAUUAAACUGAGGGAAUGUGUAAUAUUGAAUGAAUAUGGCCAACCAUUUUUUCCAUUCAAUGUCAGGGUGAACUUUACCAACUUCUUAUUUUCAAAUUCUCAACUACCUCGAUGGCAAUUGAAAUAAAUAUCUUUAGAUUUGAAGUGGUGUUUUCCUAUUUAAUAUGCUCCUAACCGUGAAAUCUGCUCGGUAUAAAAUCUCCAGAAACAUCAACAGAUUUGUUGUUACAAGAAAAAGGUGCUUAUUGAAAAAAAAAACAUAACGUUGUCUGCCAUCGCAAUUCAAUGUAGUUUACAAUAUUUUCCUUUUCUGAGAAGAAAAACUCGUCCACUUAUCCACUUCAAUUUGUUCAACAUAAAAAUCCACAAUCCAUCAACGGUACGUGUUUCUUGCUGCAUGGAUAUCACAGUUCCUUGACACAAUUGUCUAUAAAUUAUUCUGUUAACUUAUUAGGAAUUUGUCUUAUAUCUCAAUCUUGUUCUCAUAAAACAAAACAUUUGAGAUUUGUUUUUAUUGUUAAAUGUAUAUUCCUUUA